CGCACGAGUCGGCGCGUCGAUGCAGCCAAGGCUUCGGGCCCUGAGUACACGGCGGCGGCCAGCGCGGCUGAGGGACCGGUUCGCCGCGCGGGGCCGAGGAGGGGUCACAGCUAGAGGACUCCCUGAGGUCCUGUCCCCUGGGCCUCUGUGACUGGGUUUGCACUGGAGUGGAAGGCGCUGGAAGGCAGACCGGCCGCUAUGUCCACAUUCAGGCAGGAAGAUGUGGAAGACCACUAUGAGAUGGGGGAGGAGCUGGGCAGCGGCCAGUUUGCGAUUGUGCGGAAAUGCCGGCAGAAGGGCACUGGGAAGGAGUACGCGGCUAAGUUCAUCAAGAAGCGCCGCUUGUCGUCCAGCCGCCGAGGGGUCAGCCGGGAGGAGAUCGAGCGGGAGGUGAACAUCUUGCGGGAGAUCCGGCACCCCAACAUCAUCACGCUGCACGACAUCUUUGAGAACAAGACUGACGUGGUGCUCAUCCUGGAGCUGGUCUCAGGCGGGGAGCUCUUCGACUUCCUGGCGGAGAAGGAAUCGCUGACAGAGGAUGAGGCCACCCAGUUCCUCAAGCAGAUCCUGGACGGCGUCCAUUACCUGCAUUCCAAGCGCAUCGCCCACUUCGACCUCAAGCCAGAGAACAUCAUGCUCCUGGACAAAAAUGUGCCCAACCCGCGGAUCAAGCUCAUCGACUUCGGCAUCGCCCACAAAAUCGAAGCAGGGAACGAGUUCAAGAACAUCUUUGGCACCCCGGAGUUCGUGGCUCCCGAGAUCGUCAACUAUGAGCCCCUGGGUCUGGAGGCCGACAUGUGGAGUAUUGGCGUCAUCACCUACAUCCUUUUGAGUGGCGCGUCCCCAUUCCUGGGAGAGACCAAGCAGGAGACCCUGACCAACAUCUCGGCCGUGAACUACGACUUUGACGAGGAGUACUUCAGCAGCACCAGCGAGCUGGCCAAGGACUUCAUCCGCCGGCUGCUCGUCAAGGACCCCAAGAGGAGAAUGACCAUCGCCCAGAGCCUGGAACAUUCCUGGAUCAAGGCGAUCCGGCGGCGGAACGUGCGGCGAGAGGACAGUGGCCGCAAGCCGGAGCGGCGGCGCCUGAAGACGGCCCGCCUCAAAGAGUACACCAUCAAGUCGCACUCGAGCAUGCCCCCCAACAACACCUACGUCAACUUCGAGCGCUUCUCCAAGGUGCUGGAGGAGGUGGCGGCGGCCGAGGAGGGCCUGCGUGGGCUUGAGCACAGCCGGCGCCUGUUCCACGAGGACAUCGAGGCGCUGACGGCAAUCUACGAGGAGAAGGAGGCCUGGUACCGCGAGGAGAACGAGAGCAUCGGCCAGGACCUGUGGCGGCUGCGCCAGGAGCUGCACAAGACUGAGGCGCUCCAGCGGCAGGCCCAGGAGGAGGCCAAGGGCGCCCUGCUGGGGGCCAGCGGGCUCAGGCGCCGCUUCAGCCGCCUCGAGAACCGCUACGAGGCGCUGGCCAAGCAGGUGGCCUCCGAGAUGCUGUUCGUGCAGGAUCUGGUCUGGUUCCCUGGCAGCUCGGUUGAGCUGAGCAGAGGUGGCUGAGAGGUGCUUCUAUCUCGUGCACAUUCCAAAGAAAGAACCAGCCCCUGAGACUCACAGGAGGUCACCUGAAAGCCCUAAGAAUGUCCCGUCUGAUAGGAAAACUGAGGCACAAAGAUGCUCGAAGAGCUGCCCAAGGUGGGCAAGCAAGCCCACUGGAGAAUUGGAAUCUGAACCCGCGGCUGUCCGGUUCCACAGCCCUCUUGGUUCCGCUGUGUUGCUUGAAAUAAAAUUAGAGUGAGCAAGACUGGUAGCAGGUUGAAUGGUGCCCCCCCGCAAAGAUAUGUCCAUGUCCUAACCCCUGGAACUUGUGAAUGUGACCUUACUUGGAAAAAAGUGUCUUUGCAGAUGGAAUUAAGUUAAGGAUCUCCAGAUGAGAUCAUCCUGGAUUUAAGAUGUGCCCUAAAUCCCAUGACAAGUGACUUCAUAAGAGAAGAGAAGGGGGGGCACAUCAUGUGAGAUCAGGAUGAUGCAUCGACAAGCCAAGGAAUAUGGAGCGUUGUCAGUGACCACCGGAAGCUGGAGAGGCACCAAAUGGAUUCUCCCUCACAGCCCCCAGAAGAAGCCAACCCUGCCAAUACCUUGAUUUCAGACUUCUGGCCUCCAAAACUGUGAUAGAAAAAAAAAAUGCUAUUGUUUUGAGCCACCUAGUUCGUGGUACUUUGUUAUGGCAGCCACAGGAAACUAAUAUCAAUACAUGAUCCUAAGUAGGAAUGGAUGCCUGUUGUUACCUCCUGUCCCUCUUAAUCACUGUGAUGAUGGUUUUCACCUGUUCUGUGAACACAUCAGGCUCAUUCCCACCACAGGGCCUUUGCACAAGCUGCUCCAUCUGCCAGGUAUGCUCUUCCCCCAGAUGUUUGCAUUAUUCAGGUGUCAGCUCAGAAGUAAUCUCCUCAAAGAGGCCUUUCCUAAUCUCACCUCCUACCUUGCCUCUCACUCCAUCAUCUUCCAUCCCAUUAUCUAGUCUGAUUUGUUUUUCAGUUUAAAAAAAAUUUUUUUUCUUUUUUACUGUGGUAAAAUACACAUAAUGUAAAAUUUACCAUUUUAACCAUUUGAAAGUGUAUAGUUCAGUGACAUUAAGUACAUUCAGUGUUGUGCCACCAUCACCACUGUCUAGUUCCAGGACGUUCUCAUCACCCCAAAUGGAAACCCGUACCCAUUAAGCAGUCUCUUACUUCUCCCUUCCCAGCCCCUGGCAACCACUAAUCCACUUUCUGUCUCUGUGGAUUUGCCUGUUCUGGAUAUUUCAUAUAAAUGGAAUAAUCUACUAUGCCAUCUUUUGUGUCUGGCUUCUCUCACUGAGCAACAUUUUUCAGGGAUCAUCCACAUUGUGAUGUGUGUCAGUGCUUCCUUCAUUUUUAUGGCUGAAUCAUAUAUAUCAUUGUAUGCGUGCGCCACUUUUUGUUUAUUCAUUCACCAGUGGAUAAACAAAAAGUGUUUCUACAUUUUGACUGUUGUGAAUAGUGCUGCUACGAACAUGGGUGUACAUGGAUUUAUUUGAAUCCCUGUUUUCAGUUCUUUGGGGUAUAUACCUGGGAGUGGCAAUGCUGGGUCAUACACUAAUUCUAUGUUUAUGGUAUUGAGGAGCCUGAUGAGUCUUUUUUCAUAAUACUUACCACUAUUUGAGACUAUUUACUUGUUUCUUUGUUUAUUCUAGGACUCCCCCCCCCUUAUUGGAAUAGAAAUUUCAAAAGAGACUUGGUUGGUUUUGUACACUGUAAUGUGCCAGGGCAGUAGCACGCGGUACAAAGGAGAUGUUCGGGAAAUGCAGGUAGAAUGCACAGACGCUGGCUCCCCUUGUGGGUCUCAGACAACACUCUAUUCACGUGGCUACCCCACUCACUGCAUCAGGGUCGGUGCCCCUCCAAGCCAAAGGCAUAAAGGCAACCGCCCCACAGCAGGGAAGGAGAGCCCAGAGACUCCAGCACAAGACCUGGACUUUGCACCUCUUGGCUGGAGGACGUGGAGCUCUGGGAAUAGACACUGAGCGGGAAAUCCAGGUUCGUUCUAGUACUGGGCACUGGGGUCCGAAACGUGAGUAAGACUUUGCUUUCGUAGAACUCCCGCUCGCAGCAGCAGAUGGGCAAGGGAGUCUGGGCUGACAUCUUUGGAGCAGAGUGGCUUGGGGGGCGCAUAGGGAGAUUUCUCAGAGUGGGGCAGGGGUGGUGACCGUGUGGGUUGGGCGCUGAGGAGUGAGUAGGAGUUGGAUGGAUGAAGAAGGGGGAGAAAAGCGUUUGGAACAGAAGGACAUGUGUAAAGCAGCAGCUCUUCCUCCCUGAGAGCGCGCUGGGAGCUGUCCGUGGUGCUGCAGCCCGCCUCCGAGCCGCUGCGUGAACCAAGAUUGGCUCUCGUCUGGUUUAUCGUUAAUGGUGGUGUUAUAUAUUAAUAUAUACGCAUAACAUAAAGUUUGCCAUUCUAAUCAUUUUUAAGUGUAAAGUUCAGUGGCAUUAAUUCCAUUCACAAUAUGUAACCAUCCCCACUAUCCAUCUCCAGAACUUUCUCAUCUUCCCAAACCGAAACUGUGUCCCCAUUAAACACUAACUCCCCAUCCCCAUUCCCCCAGAAUGUAAGUUUCUUGAGAUCAGAGAUGUUUCAUUUUCUCAUUGCUAUGUCUUUAAUCCCUAGACCAGUGCUUCUCACCUGUGGGCGAUUUUACCCCCCUUGGGACAUCUGGUGAUGUCUGGGGACAUUUUUGGUUAUCAUGACUUGGGGGAUGGAGGUGAUUCUGGCAUCGAGUGGGUAAAGACCAGAGAUGCUGUUCAACACUCUACAGUGCACAGGACAGCCCCUUCCCCAAGAGAAUUAUCUGGUCUGAAAUAUCAACGGUGCGGUCGUUGAGAAACCCUGCCCUAGAAGAAUACCUGAAACCAAGUUAGUUCUCAGUGAAGUUUGUUGAGGCAAUGAAAUUACUAAACCUCCUUGAAUCUUCUUUUCCUGAUUUGCAAAGGGGAUUCAUACAAAUACAUUUGAUCCUCAUUAUUCACGGUAUUUGUAAAUUUGCCUACUGGCUGAAAUUUAUUUGUAACCCCCAAAAUCAAUACUCAUGGUGCUUCCAAGGUCAUUUGUAGACAACACAGAGAAGUAAAAAAAUCUGAGCGCUGGUUGUGCAUGUGCUGUCAGCUGAGGUUGAACCAGAUGAUGUUUAUUCCAGCCUAGGCUGUAAACAACUGUCCUUUUUUGGGGUCUAUUUAGUGCCGUGCUUUUUUUUUUUUUUUUUUUUGCGGUACGCGGGCCUCUCACUGUUGUGGCCUCUCCCUUUGCGGAGCACAGGCUCCGGACGCGCAGGCUCAGCGGCCACGGCUCACGGGCCCAGCCGCUCCGCGGCAUGCGGGAUCUUCCCGGACCGGGGCACGAACCCGUGUCCCCUGCAUCGGCAGGUGGACUCUCAACCACUGCGCCACCAGGGAAGCCCUAGUGCCGUGCUUUUAACAUUUUUGUGCUUUUUUUGGUGAUUUGGCUAUUUAUAAUGGUCCCCACACAUGGUGCUGAAAUGCUGUCUAGUGUUUGUUAGCACAAGAAGGCUGUGCUGUGCCCUUAUGGAGAAAAUAAGCAUGUUAAGAUAAGCUUCAUUGAGGUGUGAGUGUUAUAGUGCUCUGGAAUGUGAGUUCAAUGUUAAGGAAUCUACAAUGUAUAUUAAAUAAGAAGGCUUUAAACAAAAAAAAACCCACACACACAUAACCCAAGGUUAUGUAUUGAUCAGUUGAUGAAAAUGUUGUGACCAGAGGCUCGCAGGAACCUAACCCUGUAUUUCCCCUAGGAGCAAUGGGUCAGUAUUUUGCUAUUUCAGUGUUUGCAGCAACUUUAUAGAACAGAACUGCUGCCAACAACGAGAAUCAACUAUACCUACUUCUGAGGGCUAUUGUGAGAACUAGAUAAGACUAUGCAUGUAAAGCAUUUAGCACAAUGCUUAUAGCAAAUAACAGGAAAGAAAAGAUAUUAUGCAAUCCAGAGAAAACAUCAAAACAGACCUGCUUUUGUAAAAGGCAUGCAGCCUGGGUUAUCUAGUUAGAGCUGCAGGGAAUUGGAGGGAGGCCAUGUGUAAUUACCACGCUGGCCGUUAGCCAGGGCAUGGCAGGAGAGCUGCGUUUGCCAGACGCACUAGAUUGUUCCUUGUGGCCACACAUGGUCAUUAAGACACAAAUGGAAGAAUGCCAUCCACUAAAUCACCCAUACGGCUUUCCUUGGCACCCUGGGCUUGCCAUGGUUUCCAUCCAAGAAUUAACUAGCCCUGUGCCUGCUUAAAAGGUGGCAAAAGAACACCACCCCACCAUGGUUGGUAAAUGUACUCUUUUUUUUUUGCCUUUAAAAAAUUAACUUAGAAAAUUGAAAUAAUUGUAGAUUCACAUGGGGUUGUAAAAAAUCACACAGAGAGAUCCCAUGUACCCUUUUCCACCAUGUUAUCCAAUGGUAACAUCUUGCAAAAUUAUAGUAUAAUGCAGUAGCACUAUUGCUUUUGAUAUAGUCAAGAUACAGAACAUUUCAAUCACCACAGGAUCUCUCAUGUUGCCCUUUUAUAGCUACUCCCACUCCCCAUUACCCCCUCCCCAUGUCCUUAACCCCUGGAAAUCACAAAUAUGUUCUGCAUUUCUAUGAUUUUUGACCUUUCAAGAAUUUUAUGUAGAUGGAACUUUUCCCACUCAGCAUAAUUCUCUAGAGCUUUAUCCAAGUUGUGGUGUGUAUCAAGAGUUUAUGCCUUUUUAUUGCUGAGUAAUAUUCCAUUUAUAGGAAAUGUCCAGAACUGGCAAAUCCAUAGAGACAGAAGCAAACUAAUGGUGGCCAGCGUAUGGGGUGGGGGUGGGGAAGUGACUGUUAAGGAGUUCAUGGUUUAUUCUUGGGUGAUGAAAGUGUUCUGGAAUUAGUCGUGAUGGUUGCACAACUUUGUGAAUAUACUAAAAACCAUUGAAUUGCACACCUUAGUUGGGCGAAUUGUAUGGUACGUGAAUUAUAUCUCAAUAAAUCUGUUCUUAACCGAAGACUACCUUAAUUGUAAUAGUUUGGUUAUGAUCUGCUUCCCUGAAUCUAAGUUCUUGAGGACUGGUGCCAUGCAGCUUACUGUUGCACCCCCCGCCCAAGAUGGCCCUGCCUAUAGUAAGUGGGUCAAGAAAUAGCCCUCAAAAUGAAUUACCCUUAGAAUAGGGUUUCUCUACCUUGGCACUGCUGACGUUGGUGCCAGGUCAUUCUCUGUCGUGGGGGCCCUCCUGGGAACUGUGGGGCAUUGAGCAGGAUCCCUGGUCCCCAUCUACUUGAUGCCAGGAGUACCCCCAGUCGUGACAACCACAGAUGUCCCCAGACACUGCCCACUGUCCUCUGGGGGCAAAACACUCCAGUUGAGAACCACUAAUUUAGAGCCACUGAAUUUUAGGUACUGGAGCCUUAGAAGGCUCCACGAAAAGACUGGCACCCAGGGGGCUGCUGAAGGGACAAGCAGGACUUGGCCGUAUCAGUAGGGCACAUUCACCCAGCCAGAAACGGUCAGCGGGGCAACCAAAUCCACCCAAGGGCACAAAAAGGAAAAUCACUUCCAGCCUCGAAAUCCCCAAGCUGAGAGGUUAAAGGGAAGGAGGGGAAUCCGAUAAGGGGCGGGUCUUGCGGCGAGGGGCGGGGCUUGAACUAAAACAGAGAGGGCCGGAUCUGGGGCUUGGCGGGAAGGAGGGGGUCGAGCCAAAGACCCGGAUACUGGGCGCUCACAGGGAAGGUAGCGGCUCCGAGCAAGGGGCGAGGCUUGCGGCGGGGCGGGCUCGAGGCAAAGACACGCCCCCAGGCGCAGACUAGGAAGCGAGAAGGCGCGAGCUUCGCGCGGGGGGCGGGGCCUGGGGCACGUGGCGGGGCGCGAGCGGCACGAGGCCUGUGCGCAGGCCCGAUGACGUCACGCGCCGGCGGCCCCGCCCUUUCGCGCCUCCAGGUCAGCGGGCGCGCUGUGGAGAAGCCAAGAUGGCGGCGAGUAAUUAUUAUGGCUUCGCGCAGGGCGCCGGCUCGCAGUACAGGUAAUGGCCCCCGCGCAGCCCCGGUCCCGGCCCCGGGGAGGCCGCGGCCCCGAGUUGUAACUGUCGGGGAGAGCAGAGGGG